AUGAACUCCAGUGAAGCCCAAUCAAUCGUCGUGAACGCCAAUAGUUCACGUCUACCAUUGCUAACGCUGCCUAAAUUUUGUGGGGCCUACACUGAGUGGACAAAUUUCUAUUCGAUGUUCACGUCAAUUAUCGACAAGGACAGCGACCUCACAAACAUCGACAAACUACAACUUUUGCAUUCCUGUUUGAGUGACGCUGCCCUCGACACCGUGCGCUCACUGGAAAUAAGCAAUAAUAAUUAUAAAACUGCUUUAGAACUUUUACAGAAGCGUUUCGAUAACAAAUGUCUUAUAUUUCAGGCACACGUCAGGGAGAUAUUUGGGCUGAGCAAGGUGGAUUCAAACGUAAGCAUGCUCCGAAAGCUGACAGACAAGGUCACUUCACACAUUCGUGCAUUACAGUCGCUCGCAUCUAACGGGAAAAUUGCAGACUGCAUCAUCGUACAAAUGAUUCUCCAGGAACUUGACAAAACGACGCAGGCCAAAUGGGAGGAAGCCUCUUCGAUCAGAGAGCUGCCAUCCUGGGAUCAAUUGACUGUAUUCUUGGAAAGACGCUGGCGAAUGCUUGAGAAUAUUGAGCAUGCUGUUCAAGCACAGACUGGUCAGGCGUUAAGGCAUAGCAAAAACGACAGUAUUAGUCAAAGGAAAACGUUUGUCGCCUCCAAAGGCUCAACACGUGUUUGUGUAUUUUGUGGAUCACCCGAGCAUGCAAUUUAUAGUUGUCAACUUUUCGCAAAUUUGGAUCCGAACUCGCGCCUGGGGGAUGUUAAGAAGCUUGCACUUUGUCUUAACUGCCUCAAGGCUGGCCAUCAAAUGCGGGACUGCAAAUCCGGAUCGUGCCGCACCUGCCAGUCGAAACACCACACGCUCCUGCAUUUUAACCGCUCAACUGCUUCGUUAACCGAAAGUCAAGCCGAUGCUUCAUCAUUGUCCACAAUUCGAGCCAGUGCUAUGACUGCAUCGAUAUCUGCUUCGCUUAAUGCCCCCGUGUCUCCUUCUGAUGGUGUGCUCCUAGCUACUGCCGUCAUUCUUGUAAAAAAUCGUGCUGGAAUCUUCGUGUCCUGUCGCGCUCUUUUGGAUUCUGGUUCCCAGUUGCAUUUCGUCACAACUCGCUUCGCAAAUCAACUUCAGCUAUUCAAAACAAAAGCUUCUGCUACAGUCUCUGGAAUUGGAGAUGCCAACUUCCCAACGGAAGGUUACUCACUCGAUCUCUCUGUCUGCUCCGUGAGCACCAACGAGUGGAAUGUUCCGUCGAAUAUACCACUAGCCGAUCCUGGGUUCAACUUACCACAGCGUAUUGAUCUGCUCAUCGGAGCAGGACUGUUCUUCGAUCUACUUUGUGUGGGUCAGAUACACUUAGGAUCUGGUUUACCACUACUUCAGAAAACUCGUCUCGGAUGGGUGCUAUCUGGAGGUGGGCAACAAACUCCAAACCUGUCAUCAUUCAUCGUGAGGCAGAAAUCCUCUAGUGGUCUCAUUCCCAGCACUCGGCUGGACUAUUUAGUACGUCGGUUUUGGGAGAUCGAGCACAUUUUCGAACCGAUCUCUAAGGCCUCCCUAGAAGAUCUUGACUGCGAAGCCCACUUCCAGGGAAAUUAUUUUCGAUUGCCAUCAGGUGAAUACUCUGUUCGUCUGCCCAUAAAACGCAGCAUGGAUGCCCUAGGAGACUCCUAUUUACAAGCUCGUCAACGCUUUCAAGGUCUGGAACAAAAAUUCGCCCGUAACCCUGAUCUAAAGGCAGAAUACAGUAGGUUUAUUAAGGAAUAUCUGGACCUCAACCACAUGUCGCUGGUUUCCAACGAGGUUGUAGAACAAUGCAAGUACUUCCUGCCACAUCAUUGCGUUAUCAAGGAUGACACACUUACUGCAGACAUCUGUAAGAUGUAUAGGUGUGUUCGCGUCACUCCACCGGACAACAUGCUCCAAUGUAUUUUGUGGCGAGAAUCUCCACAAGAAGACUUUCGCAUCUAUAAGCUCGACACGGUGACGUAUGGAACUAAGCCUGCAGCGUUUCUAUCCAUCCGAGCCAUGCACCAACUCGCAGCAGACGAGUCCGCGACUUAUCCCAUUGGAGCAGAAGCGGUACUUCGGGACUUCUAUGUAGAUGACCUGAUAACUGGGGGCGAUUCAAUGGCAGAAGUACUCAACAUUAAACUGCAAACAACUAGCCUUCUUACCCGAGGAAGCUUCAAGUUACGCAAAUGGUGCUCUAAUAGUCCCGAGAUCCUUCGUGAUAUUCCUGACGUAGACAAGGAAAAGUUUCUUAAGUUUGACGAUGGCAGUGACAUCACCAAAGCACUGGGGCUUGUCUGGGACCCGCACAAGGACAAAUUGCUAUUUUCAUUUGUACCACAAAGAUAA